AUGUCUCAAUUGGACGAUUAUGUAUUGGGUCGAGGCCUGGUGGAUUCGGUCCGACUGGAUGCUCAACAUCUGCUAUGGAAGCUGCAUCAGGGCUUCGAACUACAUCCGGGAAUUCCAAUCACAAACCAUAUGAAAAUCGCCGAAAUUGGAACCGGGACUGGCGUUUGGGUGUUUGAUGUUGCCAAACAUGUUCCAUCCAGUGUGCGAUUGGAUGGAUAUGAUAUUUCCGAUGAUCAGUUCCCACCCAGAAACCUGUGGCCAUCGAACGUAUCCCUCGGGGUGAUGGAUUCCCUGGUAGAUCCUCCGCCGUCUCUCAGGGGCCAAUACGAUGGCGUCCAUCUUCGCAUGUGGGCAAGUAACGUCCGAGAGAGUGACAUCGGACCUGUGAUACGUCACGCGAAAUCCCUCCUAAAGCCGGGUGGAUAUAUCCAGUGGGAAGACGCCGACUUGGUCAAUCCCAUCGUGCAAGGGGAGAUAGCAGAGAAAUGCGACGCGUGUCUUCAAGGUUUAUUUCACCAGGUAAACCUUGACUACAGUUGGGUAUCUGAUCUUCCACGUCGCCUGCGACAGGAAGGCUUGCAGGUUGUUGAAUUUCAUCAUGGUAGAUUCAACUCUGACGCCACUCAACUGUGUACGAGAACCUACUUGAUGGCUCUUCAAGAAAUUCUCAAUGGGAUCAAGAGGACGUCUUCGGAGGAUAUCAAUCGUUCUGUGACAGAACAGGAAGCCGUCCUCCAGCAAAUGCUUGGUCAGGCUAAGAGUGGAAUGAUCUAUAACUGGACACCAGUUAGCGUGCUUGCACGUGUAAAGUGA